CGGAAGUUUACACCCAGUUAAGCUGCUGCCGCCACUGCUAAGAUGAGCAAUUGACAGCUGAGCUGUAACGAGGUUGGAGGAGCGGUGCGUUGGAGAGAGCGACGGUGCUAAACAGCGAGAAAACACCAACGCCACCACCGCCGCCGCCGCCGCCGUUGGACUGGACUUCAGACUCGCGUAUGGCUUCUUUGGGCAGCGCAGAGCGGCGGGCUUUCGCUCUGAAAAUCAACAGGCACUCUUCUGCAGAGAUCAGAAAACACUUUACUGCAAACCAUGGCUUUCAGCACAGCCGAACCAACUCCAACGCUUCGGCUUCAGUGUCCCUUAUUGUGCCUCAGACGUAUGAUGCAGUGGAGCCCUUGGACCUGGAGGAAUUCUUGAUGUCACAAUUAAGAAGUGGAGACUCUGCACUGAUGCAAGAACUUGGAGACUUUCCUGAUGAUGACCUGAUGGUGGAGCAGGUGGAAAAGGAGUGUCGCACUAUUCGACACUCUGUCCCAGAGGAUGGAGUGGAGUUGGAUCCACAUGUAAGAGACUGCGUGAAGAGUUACACCCAGCCAUGGCUUGUCGUCUCUAGAAGAUGCCAGGGGGAUGGCUGGAGUGUGUAUUCAGAGCGAACAGGCCUACACAAACUUCUUCGGAAACAGACCUUUGAGUCGGAUUUUCAGCCAGAAAACCAAGAGAAACCAGUCAAGUCACCAACUCUAGCAGGGUUGACUGAUGACUCUGGCCACACGCUGACCUCCUCUGACUUUAACUUGCGGUGCCUGACUCCAGACAAGAGAGUGGAGGGUUUGCUGGCUUUCAGCAACCAUGAAGACCUGGACCGUUUCAACCAGGAGGCACGACAGGGGAACAGACACCCCGAGCUGUUUGCUCUAUACCCACCACCUGAUGAGGAAGAUACAGUGGAAAUCCGUCCCAUUCCCGAGUGCCCCAGAGAACACAUUGGAGAGCGCAUUUUGAUCCGAUGCCAGUCCAUAAAGUUUGAAAUUGAAAUUGAGCCCAUAUUUGCCACAUUGGCAUUGUAUGAUCUGAAAGAGAAGAAAAAGAUAUCGGAGAAUUUCUACUGUGACUUAAACUCUGAACAGUUUAAAAACUUCCUGAAACAUCACACUGAUUGUGUGGAUCCAUCAACGACAGCCAAAUCUGCUAUUUUCUCCAUCACCUACCCUUCCUCAGAUAUAUUUCUGGUCAUCAAGAUUGAAAAAGUUCUUCAGCAGGGUGAGAUCAGUGACUGUGCUGAACCUUACAUGGCACUGAGGGAAUGUGACUCUGGAAAGAACAAGGACAAAAUUGAGAAGCUACGAGGCCAGGCAGAGGCUUCCUGCAUGAGGCUGGGUCGCUAUCGCAUGCCGUUUGCCUGGGCAACUGUUAAUGUAAUGGAAGUGAUCAACUCUGCUACAUUGGAGCGUGAUGUCACAGACUCUGAGAACACAAAAGGAGGUAGAGCCAGCAGCAUUGACCGGAGAGGACUCCCCAGGAGGAACUCUGAACGUUACAAUACCCUCGAUGACCACUUUUGUAACGUUUCUGGCUUUAAGCCUGCUACUAUCACUAUCUCCACCAUCUUUAAACAGGAGGGAGAUCGUCUGAGUGAUGAGGACUUGCUCAAGUUCCUGACUGAGAUUAAGAAACCACAGAGGAGAAUCAAGACAAUACCAGGUUGCAUAAAAUUGGACAUUUCUCCAGUCCACGAAACACCAACAUCAUGUUUGUCAACUGAGCUUAUCCCUCUUAAACCUGUGACUGAGAAAAACAUUCGUCCCAUUAAGGAGGUGCUGGAGUUCCCUUCCAGUGAAGUUUAUGUUCCUCACAACAUUUACAGGAAUUUGCUCUAUGUCUACCCCCAGAGGCUCAACUUUGUCAACAGACUGACAUCAGCAAGAAAUAUUACCAUCAAAAUCCAAUUUAUGAGUGGAGAGGAUCCUAGCUCUGCUAUGCGUGUCAUUUUCGGGAAAUCAAGUGGCCCUGAAUUUUUACGUGAAGUCUAUACCCCUGUUACCUACCAUAACAAGUCUCCAGACUUCUACGAGGAAGUGAAGAUUGCUCUUCCAGCACGUUUGAUGGAGAGGCAUCACUUGCUGUUCACGUUCUACCACAUCAGCUGUCAGCAGAAACAGAACCAGAGUGGCAGCUAUGAGACCCUCAUUGGAUACUCUUGGCUGCCCAUAUUGAAUAUUGACCGACUGCAGACUGGUCAGUUCUGUCUGCCCAUUGUCUUGGAGCGACUCCCUGUCAACUACUCCCUACACACACCUGAGAAAAUUCCUCUUCAGGUCCCUCCGGUCAAGUGGAUGGAGGGUCACAAGGGACUUUUCAACCUUGAAAUCCAGGCCGUGUCAUCCGUGCACACACAAGACAACCACCUGGAGCGUUUCUUCACCCUCUGCCAUGCACUGGAGGGUGGGGUAACAUUCCCUCUGCGGAUCAGGGAGGAGAAGAUACCAGAGAACAAGCUGGAGCAUGAGCUGAAGCUCAGCAUCAUAUCACUGUCCUCCUCCAGUUUAGAGCCUCUGGUCCUCUUCCUCCACCGGGUGCUAGAUAAACUCUUCACUCUUAUCAUGCAGCCCAUGGUCAUCGCUGGCCAGACUGCCAAUCUGGCCCAGAUAGCCUUUGAGUCAGUGGUGUCCAUUGUCAACAGUCUUCAUAACAGCCAGGAACUGAUCAGGGACCAGCUGGGUAGGAACAGCCUCUUGGCGACCUACCUGUACUGGGUAUUUCGUCUGCCUGAUCCCCCUCGAGACAUGCAGAAUGCAGGUGCAGGUAAUGCAAUACCUUCAGCAGAGAGCCGAUACAGCACCAUGGGUCGGGCCACGGCUGCUUCCGUUGGCAGUAUGCUUCUCCAGUCUAGGGUCCGAAGCAGCAGCAAUCCUGAUAUCCCUGGUCCACAUAAUUCUGCUGAAGAUGAAGAAGUCAAAAACAUUCUCUCUGCCAAGGGCCACAAUAACCCAGGCAGCCGCAUGUCCACCUACGUAGACGUAAACAACCAUCAGAGCCCGACAGGAAACACCAGGCCAUCGACCAGAAAGCAAUUUCACGAGGAGCUGGCCCUACAGAUGGUGGUCAGCACCGGGGUCUGCAGAGAAAAUGCCUACAAAUAUGCCUGGUUCUUCUUUGAGCUGCUGGUGAAAAGCAUGGCUCAGCAUGUGUCUCAGCUGGACAAGUACAGCGUUCCUCGCAGAAGUCGCUUCUCUGACCGAUUUAAAGAUGACAUCACCACCAUUGUCUCUGUGGUUACAGCUGAGAUUGGGACCAUCCUGGUCAAACAACAAAAGGAGGUAGAACAAGCAGAGAAAGUCAACAUCAGCCUGGCUUUUUUCCUUUAUGACCUGAUGUCUCUCAUGGAUCGAGGAUUUGUAUUCCAACUAGUGAAAAACUAUUGUAAUCAGAUGUCAGCUAAGAGUGUGUCAAUGCCAGUUCUGAUCAGCAUGCGUCUAGAGUUCCUGCGAAUCCUGUGCAGUCAUGAGCACUAUCUCAACCUAAGCCUCUUCUUCAGCAGCCCUGCCUCUGCCCCCGCCUCACCGUGUCCAUCCAUCUCCUCACAGAGUUCUGGUUCAUGCAGUUACCAGGAGCAGCAGAAGAUCUUGGCUCUGUUUGAACUUUCUCAGGAAUUCAAGCAGCAACACUACCUCACGGGUCUGUUACUGACAGAACUCAGUGCGGCGCUAGAUAUGGAGUCAGAGGGGGGAAAGGUCCAGAGGAAGUCCAUCAAUGCGAUCUACAGCCUGCUGUGCGCUCAUGAUCUUGACAACCGGUGUGUUAAACCUGAGGUCAGAGCCAAGGUGGCUGCUCUCUACCUCCCCCUGGUGGGGAUUAUUAUAGACUCCACCAGCUACCUGGAUUUCACUGUUGCUGAAUCGCGCAGCGGGAAAAACAAGGCAGGCGGACCUGAGGAUGACCUUGAAAAUGUCGCACCUAUCAAUCAGUCUGUUGCCAUGGCAAUUGCCGGGAACCCUUUCAACACACUGGGACGGAACGCUCUUAUUUCCAUGGCAUCUAUGCAUGGUAAAUCCAUAGCCACCCUGGCGGCAGACACCAGUCGCCACCUGUUGGUGUGUUUCCUGUGGGUGAUGAAGAAUGCCGAUAGGAACCUGAUUCAGCGCUGGACUGUAGAUAUGCCUCCCUCACAGCUCAACAAACUGCUGGAGCUGCUCACCAUCUGCAUCUCCUGCUUUGAAUACAGGGGAAAGCAGAGCAGUGACAAAGUGAGCACCCAGGCUUUACAGAAGUCUCAGCAGGCCAAACUGCAGUUGGAGGAGGCCCUGCUGAGAGGGAUGGGAGCCCGUGGGGAAAUGAUGAAACGAGUUGGAGGAACAGACAGGACAAUGGGUCAAAGAGAGGCCCUGCGAUGGAGAAAAGAUCUCACUCAGUGGAGACAGACCAAUGACAGACAGGAUAAGACUAAAGCUGAGUUGGACCAGGAAGCUCUGAUCAGUGGGAACUUGGCCACAGAAUCAACCCUCAUAGUGCUCGACCUGUUGGAGACCAUCGUACAGGCGGUGCCAUUGGCUGAUUGUAAGGACAGCGUAGUUGGCGGGGUUUUGAAGGUGUUACUCCACUCUCUCACCUGCAACCAGAGUACCACUUUCCUCUCUCACACCUUCAGCACGCUCAGAGCACUUGUCGUCAAGUUUGGAGACCUGUUAUUUGAAGAGGAGGCGGAGCAGUGUGCAGACCUGUGCCAGAAGGUGCUUCAGUACUGCAGCAGCCCCUUGGAUGAGAACAGAAGCCAGGCCUGUGCCACCCUCUAUCUCAUCAUGAGAUACAGCUACAGUAAUGCCAGUAAUUUCUCAAGAGUCAAGAUGCAGGUCACCAUGUCUCUGGCCUCGCUGGUGGGCAAGUCUUCAGACUUCCAGGAGGAAUACUUGCGACGUUCUCUCCGCACCAUCCUGGCCUAUGCAGAGGAGGAUACUGAGAUGCAGAAUACUCAGCUUUCCUCCCAGGUGGAUGAGCUUCUAAGAAAUCUGAACAGUAUUUUAUCUGACACAGUGAAGAUGAGGGAGUUUCAGGAAGAUCCUGAAAUGCUCAUGGACCUCAUGUACAGGAUAGCAAAGGGCUACCAGACGUCUCCUGACCUCCGUCUGACCUGGCUGCAGAACAUGGCAGAGAAGCACAACAACAGGAAGUGUUACACUGAGUCUGCAAUGUGUUUGGUCCACGCUGCCGCCCUGGUGGCUGAGUACCUCAGCAUGCUGGAGGAUCACAAGUACCUGCCCGUUGGCAGUGUCACAUUUCAGAAUAUCUCCCCCAAUGUGCUGGAGGAGUCUGCAGUGUCAGAUGACAUCCUGUCCCCGGAUGAGGAUGGGGUCUGCUCAGGUCGCUACUUCACGGAGAGCGGCCUGGUGGGAUUGCUGGAGCAGGCUGCUGAGCUCUUUAGCAAUGGUGGUCUCUAUGAGGCAGUAAACGAGGUCUACAAGAUCAUCAUACCAAUCCUAGAGGCACAUAGAGAUUUCAGAAAACUGGCAUCAACACAUGACAAGCUUCAGAGAGCCUUUGAUAACAUCAUUCAGAAGGGACACAAGAGGAUGUUUGGAACUUAUUUCCGGGUGGGCUUUUACGGGGCCAAGUUUGGUGAUCUGGAUGAACGAGAAUUCAUCUACAAGGAGCCUGGGAUCACACAUCUGCCUGAGAUAUCACACAGGCUGGAGAACUUCUAUGGUCAGUGUUUUGGAGAUGACACAUUGGUGAUGAUUAAGGACUCUACACCAGUGGACAGAAAACAGCUCAACCCCAGUAAGGCAUAUAUCCAGAUCACUUAUGUGGAACCCUACUUUGAUGACUAUGAGAUGAAAGACCGGCUGACAAACUUUGAGAAGAACUUUAACCUGCGACGCUUCAUGUACACCACACCCUUCACCAAGAGCGGCCGCCCUCGGGGCGAACUCUAUGAACAGUACAAGAGGAAGACCAUCCUCACCACCAUGCAUGCCUUCCCCUAUGUCAAGACCCGCAUCAAUGUCAUUCAGAAAGAGGAGUUCGACUUGACACCGAUUGAGGUGGCCAUAGAGGACAUGCAGAAGAAGACUAGAGAGCUAGCAGUUGCCACACACAGAGAACAACCUGAUGCUAAGAUGUUACAGAUGCUGCUGCAGGGCUCUGUGGGAGCCACUGUUAACCAGGGCCCAUUGGAGGUUGCCCAGGUCUUCCUGAAUGAGAUCCCAGCAGACCCAAAGCUCUUCCGUCACCACAACAAACUGCGCCUUUGUUUCAAAGAAUUUAUAAUGAGGUGCGGUGAAGCAGUUGAGAAGAAUAAGCACCUGAUCGCAUCAGAUCAGAAGGAGUACCAGCAGGAGCUGAAGAAGAACUACAACCGUCUGAGAGAGAGCCUGAGGCCAAUGCUGGAGAGGAAGAUUCCCGAGCUCUACAAACCCAUCAUCAGGCCUCGGCUGGAGAACAGAGAUUCCUUCAAACGUCUAAGUUUCCGCAGAACUCUGGAGGAAAACGCUUGAGAUGCUGCAGCUCAUCUGAAACAGAGCUACGGACAGGAAAAGGGAGGCUGUCACAUAAGUGAGCGAGAAAAAAGAUAAGAUGAAAGAAGAGGGAAAAACAUAAAAAGGAACUGCAGGAGCAGUACGCUGUGUCAACAAUGGUGGACUCUGUUUCUCAGUGAUCCGGCAAUGUGUAUUAAUGUUGGCUGCAUGUUCACUUUUGUGAUGUCAUGGUUGUUUGUAAGAGGAGGCAAAAGGCAAGUGAGUACAUAAAAAAUACAGAGGGUGGGACUCACAGGCUAAGUGUAGCUUAGUGCUCAUUUCACUGUAAAAUCUUCACUUGCUGUGUUAAUUUCCAUUUUUGGAUAACUUCAAGUCCUCAAAAUGCUGCAAACGCUUUCUGUGGGCCAGUAAACAAACCCUUUCAGGUUCUUACUGGACCCAGGCCUGUUGUAUGUGCCAAUAAUGCUCGUUUUCUGUGUGUAUAUGUAUGUGAAUGUCUGAAUGAAUGUGUGUCUAUUUAGAUUAUGUUUGGAUUAAAGGCUUUUGGCACCAUACUGAAGUCACUUUGUACUCUGUGAUGAUAAAUGAUUCUGUUAUGUGCUAAAGGGCCUCUGAAAUUCCACUCUGGGCGUCGACAUGCAUGACAUGUCCCAGUUUGAGCAGCAAGAGUGUGGAUGGAUUUUUGUGCACUGGAAAAAUAGGUACAGUUUCAUAUGUUAACUGCUGAGGCCAUCAAGGUUGCUCUACCGAUGGUCAUACAGUACCUGAAUAUGUAGCUAAUUGAAGAGUUUAACUUAUUAAGAGUUAUUUUAAGUUCACAGGAGACUGAGAGGCUUUUUGAGGCUCUAAAAUACGCAUUGAAUACACAUAAAAUAUGUGUUGUGUAUAUAUUAGGAACAUUACGUCAGAAAAUAACAGUUGUUUACAAAGGUAUAAUAUUUUGCAUUUUAUUUUGUAGAAAUGUAUUUUUAGAUAAAUAACAGCAAUAAUAAUACUAAUUGGAAAAUUAUUAUUCAGUCAGUGGGAUUCAGCGACUGAGUCUACUGUAACAAUCUCCGUGUAUGUUCCAACAGUUUCAGUAGCUCUUUGUAAAUAGGCCGCGUCCUACGAUACACACAGUGCCAAAUUCAAUUCCUUCUCCAGAAAUGCAAUAUUGUAAAAAGUCACUCCACACCGAUUUACUUUGCAAAUUAUGUUUACUCAGUAUGUGAGAACACAUUCCAGGAGAGAAAUUUAUUACUGCUUUGGAGUAUUAAAUUGUGACAACUUGAUUUUAUGUGAUAUCCAUGAAACUUCAUUUAAUUGAUGUUAUGUUGCGGGUCAUUCCAUAUUGCAGUGAUGUAAAUGUGCUCCGAGUUUCAAAAAUGGGUGUACGUGUUUGUCAGCAUGAUUAAUACUCAUGGAAAUAUUUGUUUCUAGGUACAUAUCUUAUUUAUUAGCUGCUGGGUGGUUUUUUUUUUUUGUUUUUUUUUAAUGGCUAAAUUAAAAUGAUAGUUAUGCAACGUGCAUCAAAUGUGAGUACUGAUUAAAAUGUAUACCUAUUUUUGAAACGUUCAGCACAUUGGUGUUGUAAGAUGUAUUAGUGGGAUUUACCCUCUGAGACUGUGUUCAUGUUUCUGGGUUAUCCUUUAUGUUCAUACAUGUGUUUUUAUUAAAUUAGGAAUUUUUCACUGUCAUACUUACAAAGCUGUUGGAAAAAGAAUCUAAAUAAAGAUUAAUAUUU